AUGUCUAUACGGGAUCUGAGUAGCGAUAGAAAAUAUGGAAUUCUCAAAAGGAUAUGGCCACGCAUGCCUCGAAGCGACUUCGAUACCUAUCUAGACCUAUAUGACAAAUACUUCUUAUUCUUGGAUGAGCAAAUGGGCUUGAUUGAACGGAAGUCGAUUCUUUACUCCACGAAAUCUAUAGACGAGCUCGCAUCUAUGAUCGAUCAGAUUCGGCAACAUUCCUAUAAGAAAAAGUCCGAGUUAUUCGCAAAUUCUUCGGAUGAAACGAUGAGAUCAGCCGAUAUGGCAAUAAGAAUUUGGCUUAUGGUCUAUAUCGAGCAUUCAACGUCUGGCUCAGCAAGCUCCUGUCGGUGGCCAAAGACCAUGCCAUUGAGCCUUGUGGUACAAGACUGGUAUCCGCCAGGAAGAAAGACGGAUGCCGAAUCUCGACAGAUUUCUCAGAGCUUCUCGAUUGCGAAUCUGACACGCUACUAUGACUUCCAAGUCAAGUGGACAAGUGAUCUGGCGCAGCAUCUCAAUAUUGACUGGGAAUACAAACAAAUUACAGUCUUUGAGCACGCUAUUGCCUUGCGAAAUCACCUUGCAUACCCAGACGACUGUCAACUUCCAAAGGAAUUUGUACAGGAAGCAGUUGACACGAUCAAACUGCUUUUCCCAGAUGACAAGGACACUAAGGCUUUCUUAUCAAGAGAAGGAAGAAGGUUCCUCAAGAUCCCUUUUGGCCGCGAGCGAUCAUUAUCGCUUGGAGACUUCUCAUAUUGGGGAACAGAGAUCUCCCAGCUGUUAGAUGUCUGGGAACAAGGGCCUAGCGGUUGGUCUCAGCUGCGGCUGCGGCCCGACCAGAGUAACUUCUUGGAGUACUCUACAUUCUGGGCCGCAGCAGUUGUAUUGCUUCUCACUGUCAUCAGCAUUGUAUUUGGCGUGGCUGGCUUAGUCCUUGCCAAGAAAGCAUUGGAAAUUAGUGUUAAGUCGCUUGAUGUAUCAGUCAAGUCGUAUGAGUUAUCUUUGGCAAUCGCGUGUGCCGAAGCUAAUGCAACGGAGACUUUGCCUGCUUUCUGUAAAUAA